UCCUCUCGACCUGAAUCCCCAGAGCCUUAUAAUUUUGGCCCCCUCCCCGUGAGCUGCGUUGUCGGGCUUGAAUACUUGCUUUUUGUAAAACACCAAAGUUUCCGAGGUUGAAUAGCGUCGGCCCGGGACUAAUUAUUACCAACCGGAAACUGAUGGAGUCGUCCGACAUAGCCGAAAGUUCUACGCGCUGGAAAGGCAAGAAACAUGGUGAAGAUGACGUCGAUCUGUCCAACCUUGACCCCUCACAAAGGAUAAACUCGGGGAUGAGUGAAAAUAGCGCGUGGGCAAAACAAAACAUCCUUACGUUUGACGGUGGCGGGAUCAGGGGGUAUUACAGCCUGCUUCAUUUGCAGAAGUUGAUGGAAUAUGUCGAGCAUGCAGAAAAAAAAGCACAAGAUGAGGCUAAAGGGAAUGGCGAGAGAGUGAAAGAGCACUCGAGCUUCGCCCCGUGUGGUGAGCCGAGACAUGUAUCACAUUAUCCGUCUUGCCCAAGAUACCUGCCUUGCCAUUACUUUGACUACAUUGGCGGAACGUCCACUGGAGCCCUCAUCACCAUCAUGCUCGCUCGUUUGAGAAUGCCAGUCAAGGACUGCAUAGAAGAGUACAAGGGCCUGGCCGGACCGGUAUUCGGGAACCCCAGAACUUUCCACCAAGUUGGGAAACGGGGAGUGAUUUUCCGGAAGAACAAGUUUUCCACGACGAGCUUGGAGCUUGCCAUCAAGGACGUGGUGCGCAGAAGGGGUGAGAUUGCAAACGACCAGGACGACGCAAUGUUAUUCAGCACUCCGAAGGGUCUCUGUCGAGCCAUCGCGUUUGCCAACCGGGAUGUCCUUAGGGAUAGCCCAGGCGUUGGUUUGCAGGCACCGUGGAUUUUCAGAUCUUACGACCAUUACCACAAGAUCAAUGGUCACGACCGCCGUCCGACGGCCGAUGGCACGACCAAACCACGCAACCCCGGGCAGGGGACCCGGUUUGCGGCGUGGAAAGUGGCACGAGCAGCGACCGCGGCUCCAAUGUACUUCAAGGCUCUUGAGAUCGCAUUGGAUGACGGAGAGAUCCUCCCGACUCGGAGGACAACAACACUCAAAGCCCCGCAGCUCUCAAGGACCCAGACCUCAAAUCUUCAACAAAAGGCGAACGGCAUCGAGAACACCAGCCGCCAAGUCCCAGGGAAUAGGAUCACGGCUAUGCUCACGGACGGCGGAUUCGGCCGAGUAAAUAACCCUUCAGAGGAAGUCCUUCUGGAGCUCCGCUUCAUUCUCAAGAAACGGCACAAGAGGAUCGGGACUUGGGUCAGCAUUGGAACGGCCAGGGCAAUGUCGGCACCCGAUGGACGACCCAACAUUCUCAAACUGGCCAAGAAGGGCAUAGAAAUGGUUGGGGACCCCGAGCCUGUACACGAAAGAAUGCUGGAAGAAUCCCAGAGAGAGGACAACGAGUUUCUCUACUACCGCUUCAAUGAACCAAACGGACUCUCGGUAGACAUGGACGAAUGGAAGCCACGAGGCUCAGGCGGGAACUCGGGGUCUCAGACGAUGCAGGUCAUGGACAAUGCCUUUGCGACGUGGGCUAACAGAGUGGAAGUGGUCAAGAAGUUCGAACAAUGCGCCGAGGAACUCGUCAAGACUCGCAGGGCACGAGCCAAGGAGAGCAUUUCGCGCUGGGAGCGCUAUGCCUUGGGCAAGUUCUACGUCUGCACCAAGAACGAUUGCCCAUAUGAUCCGGAUGAGACAUGGCAUUAUCGGACAAAUUUUAUUCAGCACCUGAAGAGUGACCAUGGCAUCAUCGGCCCGAGCGAUAUUGAGAAUAUGUUGGACGAAUGCGAGUAUCUGUGGGAAUACAAGUCGCCGAAACUUUGACCUUCAUGCACACAGUCACUCGGCGGUGUUCUGCAUAGGGAUGGGAGCUUUGAGCCACAGGAAUCUGAUCAUGGGAAUUUGGGCAGCUGUGCGAUGCCGCUUCGUUUCUUGGUUUUGGGAGUUUUGGGAGGAUAUUUCACGGCGUGAUGUGUUACUGGUCUUUUCAUGGAGGAUAAUAAUACUAGCACCAAUGAGCUGGAUCUCUAGAAUCGGUGCCUAACUCAAGGCUGCGGUCAAUAGCUACGACGAUUAAAUUAGGC